CAUUGCUGUUAGCAUCGUUUGUGAAUGUCACGCCGGAAGUAAUUGAGAACGGAUAGGCUGUAAGUGCUACCACCUAAUAGACCGCACGUGUCCAUUGUGGGAACAAGGUGUCAAGCCACCGCCAAGAUGGCAAGUCGUUUGAUAAUUCCGAUGUUUACAUAAGUCACGUGCAGUUGAGAUUUGUGACUGGAAGGCGUGAAGUGACGGGCGCGACCGAAUAACACGUGUAAUUAUGUGAAAAUCUAUUGUAAAUGUAGUAACAGUUAAUAUUAUCAUCAAUCUAGUCAUUAUUAUUGUGAUAAAUUGAAUUGUAUUAGAAGUAAGAGAAUACAAUUCGCCCAAACAUGUUCUCGAUGGAUACGUUUGAUUUCGAGGCCGUUAUGAGCCGACACCUGUUCGACGGGCCGGCGAUUCAUCAUCAUAGUCACCAGCAACACCAGCAUCAUUUGCAAACCGCCAAUGUUGAUUCAACGACUUCGAAUAGUUCGGAUUAUUUUCUGGCCGAUGAUGAGAAUACGACCGACAGCGAUUCGUUCUGUGGGUUCAACAGUGACCAGGAAAAUAAUGACGGCAUUAAAGGAAUCUAUGCAACCCGUUCGUCGAAAUACCGUCGACCAAAGUGCGCCUCCCAGCAGGCUCAACAGCGCCAGGCAGCCAACCUUCGCGAGCGUCGACGGAUGCAAAGCAUCAACGAAGCCUUCGAGGGACUGCGGACCCACAUUCCAACCCUUCCGUACGAGAAACGACUGAGUAAGGUGGACACCCUGAAGCUCGCCAUCAGUUACAUAUCCUUCCUGGGGGAAAUGCUACGUAAGGAUAAAAACGGAAACGAAACAGGCGUGAAUGGAAUGAAGAGAGCACCCGUCAAAGAGCCACCGAAAAAGUUUAUUGUUCGCGGUGGCAGCGGACAAACUCACUCCCUCUCGUGGCAUCGGAAAGGUGAUCGCAACGCUAAUGGACGGUAUUUCGCACGGAUCUGGCGCCCGGAGGAUCCUCGGAGCAAUCAACGGAACAUCGCAGCUGGCCCAUCGUCAUACUCGAAUGGAUUGGUGUGAAGGGUAGGGUAGUAUUAAACAGUGCAAAUUAGAUGUUCAUUUAUUUAUACUUAGUCUAACAGAGGGUUCAUUUUUCAUCAAGGAUUAUGAAAGUGAGAAACAAUUCUAGUCGUUUUUUUUAAUCUUAUUCGUAUGUUGAAAUAUUGUAAAUAAAUUUUCUUUACCAA